UGUUGGCCGGAUCAGCCCUGUUAGGACAGCCACAACAAGAAGAAGUUUCCUGCAUUCUUUCCGUUUCUCCUUUUUCAGCUUUUCUUCUUUUUCUUGCUUUAUCCGCUUUAUCCGGUACUCAGGAAUGCUUCUAAGCAACUGGUGCCAUUUUUGGGCUUGCUUUGUCAUUUUCCUACAAGCCAGAUCUGCCCUCUGUAAGGAGAUGAAGCUCCCCAGCAGAGCGCUCAAGCCUCCCUCUCCAUCCGACUUUCUGGACAAACUGAUGGGGCGAACAUCUGGCUACGACGCUCGCAUCAGACCCAAUUUCAAAGGUCCUCCUGUCAACGUCACCUGCAACAUCUUCAUCAACAGCUUUGGAUCCAUCACUGAAACAACCAUGGACUACCGGCUAAAUGUGUUUCUACGGCAGCAGUGGAAUGACCCCCGACUUGCCUAUAAGGAGUAUCCAGAUGACUCCCUGGACUUAGACCCCUCAAUGCUGGACUCCAUCUGGAAACCCGAUCUAUUCUUUGCAAACGAAAAGGGAGCAAACUUCCAUGAAGUUACGACCGACAACAAACUGCUCCGGAUAUUCCAGAAUGGAAACGUCCUCUACAGCAUCAGGCUGACGCUCACUCUCUCCUGCCCCAUGGAUCUGAAGAACUUCCCCAUGGAUAGCCAGACAUGCAUAAUGCAGCUGGAGAGCUUUGGCUACACCAUGAACGACCUUAUUUUUGAGUGGCUGGAUGUCGGAGCGGUGCAGGUGGCCGAUGAUCUGACGCUCCCCCAGUUUGUGCUGAAAGAGGAGAAAGGUCUUGGUUACUGUACCAAGAACUACAACACAGGUAAAUUCACCUGCAUAGAGGUUCAAUUCUACCUGGAGCGUCAAAUGGGCUACUACCUGAUCCAGAUGUACAUACCGAGCCUGCUCACCGUCAUCCUUUCCUGGGUGUCCUUCUGGAUCAACAUGGACGCCGCGCCGGCCAGAGUGGGUCUGGGAAUCACCACGGUGCUCACCAUGACAACACAAAGCUCAGGCUCCAGAGCCUCUCUGCCAAAGGUGUCUUACGUCAAAGCCAUAGACAUCUGGAUGGCCGUGUGUCUCCUCUUCGUGUUUGCCGCGCUGCUGGAGUACGCAGCUGUUAACUUCGUUUCACGCCAGCACAAGGAGUUCUUCAGACUCAGGAAGAAGCUUAAAGAGCAGCAGCGGCAGCAGCAGCAGCAGCAGAGAGCUCAGGGAAGCAGUGACGGCAAGGGGAAGGGAAACACCACGCCAGGAAACAAUGCUGCUCAUGGGAGCGCAACCCAGCGGUGCAGUGCCUGUGCCAGGGAAGAGGAGCUGGCGCAGCAAGGGUUUCUCCUCCAGAGCAUUGGACUCUCCCUGUCCAGCGCCCCGGAAAUGGACGCAACGCCGGUCUUCGCCGACUUGCCUCCCGGUUUAGGUUUUUAUGAAAUCCGGCGGCGUUUCGUGGAGCGGGCGAAGAGGAUCGACACCAUCUCCAGAGCCGUGUUCCCCAUGAGCUUCCUCAUGUUUAACGUGCUCUACUGGCUCACCUACAAAGUUCUACGGCACGAGGACCUCCAGUUCACUCUUUGACCACCGUGAUCACGCCAGGGACUUUUGAACGUGAAACGUUUGCAGACUGAGCGGCAUUUAUUGAGCCACGCAGAGGAUGUCGGACUGCAUGUGCAGUGCCACUGAAAAAUUCUAUCAUAAAACAAAUCGUGUGGGUUUUUCUUUUUAUUUUAUUUCUUUUGAUGAGAUUUGCACUUAGUUUGCACUUUGUAAGCAUUGCAUAUCAGAUUACAGUGUGUGUAUAACCUUCCUCUAUCACUUGUGUUUGGAUGCUGUAAAAUCAGGUCAGUACAUUUUACAGUGCACUUAUUCAACUCAAGGGCCCUCCACACUUGCUGGUACCCCUGGUAAACGUGUGUAAAAGCAAUAAAAUUAAUAUUUUAUUACAGUAGUAUAAUCUAACUCAUAUUUUAUUAUAAAUCCAAUCUUUAAUGUAAGAUCAAAAAAUAUCUCAAGCUGCAAAUUCUUCACCCAAACAAACGCUUGAGGGUUUGGCACAAAACAAAGGAUGACUAUUUUCUAAAAGCACCUCAUAUCCACUGUUAGGUACGGUGGAGGGUAAGUAAUGCUGUGGUAGAUUUCUCUAAUGAAGACUAAGACUUUGGCUGCAGGGCUGACAAUAAGUGUAACAUCAACCACUUUGUUCAAAAUGCAUUUAACACAUCUUCACUUCAUUUCUUUAUGCCGAACUUUUUUCACCCACUCAAUAGGUGCACUCAAAGGUUUGAUUUUUUUAUUUUAUUUUUUUGUUACAUUGUUAUGUGAAGCUAUGCUGCAAUAGCAGAAUAAAUUUUAAGGUUUACUAAACAUCAUCCACAGGACUGCCAGUAUUGGUGUGAAAUUGUUAUGUUUUGCCACUCAGUGAUAAAACUUAAAUAGCAUUUCUCAUAACCUUUAGGUUCACUUCUGCAGCUGUGCUGGUAUGGGCCUGGGAAUUUUAAUAUUUGUGAAAUAUCUUAUGGAUUUAAACGAUUUGUUUUUUAAAUGUUUGACCAGUUAGUUGGGAUAAUGUAUCAGUUCCAAAACUAAACCCUAACAUGAACUCUAUCUUUGUUAAAGACAAAACUAUAUAUGUCUCUUUAUAAAUAAAUAUGCACCCAGAGCAAUCAAUUUUUUAAAUCAAUUAAGUCCUGAAGUAUUAAAGAUAAACUAUGGCUCUGUAAGAGGCAAGCUUUGAAAAUGUGCAUCAUAUUUAGU